CGUGGGUGUUUCUGAGUGGUUUCUUGCAAAUUUCUUUGCCGUCAUUGGUUAAGAAUGACGAGUUUCGUGUGAACCGGGAUAGGGAGGGGGUUGUGGUCAAACCCUCAGCGACCUAAACAGCCCCGAGAGGAGAGGAGAGGAGGGUAGAGAAGAGUUGUCUCAGCAGCAGCUACAGCUGUAGCCCCGCGUUUAAAGCCUGCAUGGGCUCGUCCGUUAGCUAGCUUAGCAUAGUCCGCUGCGCCUCUCCUGCCGCUGAUAACUCCGGGCUUUCUUGCUCCGCGUUUUCCCCUCCGUCCCACCCGGUCGAGCUUGCUCCCCAUUACCCUCUUCGAAGAUGAUGAAGUUCAGAUUUCGUCGGCAGGGCACCGACCCGCAAAGAGAAAAGAUAAAACAGGAGCUCUUCGCUUUUAACAAGACGGUGGAGCAUGGGUUCCCCCAUCAGCCCAGUGCUCUGGCCUUUGACCCCAAGCUGCAGCUGAUGGCCAUUGGCACAAAGUCAGGAGCCAUUAAAAUCUACGGGGCUCCAGGAGUCGAGUUCACAGGGCUGCACAAAGACACCACCGCUGUAACUCAGAUCCACUUCCUACCUGGUCAGGGUCGUCUCCUGUCGCUGCUGGAUGACAACACGAUUCACCUUUGGGAACUGGUGGUGGGGCCCCACAGAGAAGUGGGUGGGGCAAAGAAAGAGGGCGGAGUCUGUCUUAAACACGUGGAUAAUUACACUCUGCCUGGAAGGCCUGGGAUUGAGAGCUGCAGCGCUACGCAUGUGACUGUCCUCCUCUUGCUGAAGUCAUGUGACCUGCUCUGCGUCGGAACAGAAGGAGGGGGCGUUUACUUUGUGGAGUUGCCCCGCCUCGAGUUAAGGGAGAGCCAGACGCUGCUGCAGGACCAGGUCACCCAGAGCCUGCCAGAUGAGUACAGAUGUGGGAAGUCAUUGGGUCCAGUUGAAUCCCUCCAAGAGCAUCCUCAGCAGCCAGGGAAGAUUCUGAUUGGCUACAGCCGCGGCUUGGUGGUCCUGUGGGAUCUGGGCACUCGCCACGCUGACCAGCUGUUCCUCGGCAAGCAGCAGCUGGAGAGCCUGGUGUGGGAACGCUCUGGAAGCCUGUUUGUCAGUUCCCAUAACGAUGGAGGAUACGCUGUGUGGCCCGUUACCAGUGGCAACGCUUGCACUCAUCAGCCAGUGUCAUCCACCAUCCCGUAUGGUCCGUUUCCUUGCAAAGCCAUCAACAAAAUCCUCUGGAGGACUUCACAGACGGGUUCUCCGGUGCUGCUGUACAGCGGGGGGAUGCCCAGAGCCAGCUACGGCGACCGCCACUGUCUGACCAUCCAGCAGGACAAAGAGCACGUCACUCUGGACUUCACAUCCCGAGUCAUCGACUUCUUCACCAUCCACAACAUGGAGCCGGACAGAGAGUUCGACGACCCGUCGGCUUUAGUGGUGCUGCUGGAAGAGGAGCUGGUUGUGAUCGACCUGCAGACCCCGGGUUGGCCCACCCUGCCCACGCCCUACCUCGCUCCCCUCCACUCGUCAGCCAUCACCUGCUCCUGCCACAUCUCCAGCGUGCCUCCUAAACUCUGGGAGAGGUUAAUCAACGCGGGCAAGGCGCAGCGGAGCCGGCAGCACACACACAUGAGCUGGCCCAUAUGUGGAGGAAAGAAUCUGGCGCCUCCACCCAAACAGCAAGAGCUGCUUUUGACCGGGCACGAGGACGGGACGGUGCGCUUCUGGGACGCGUCAGGCGUCGCCCUCACGCCGCUCUACAAGCUCGGCACGGCCAACGUCUUCCACACCGACUGCGACGAGCCGCCAGACCCCAGCAAUGACCCUGACAUGCAGCAGGAGGAGGAAUGGCCGCCUUUCAGGAAGGUGGGCUGCUUUGACCCGUACAGCGACGAUCCCAGACUCGGCAUCCAGAAAAUCAGCCUGUGCAAAUACAGCAGCAAGCUGGUGGUGGCAGGAACAGCCGGCCAGGUGAUCGUCCUGGCCCUCAACGACGAGCCGUCGGACCACUCGGUGGACGUGUCGGUGGUGGACCUGCUGCAGGACAGGGAGGGCUUCACCUGGAAGGGCCACGACAAGCUGGAGGCGCGCCUCAAACCCGCACCCUUCCCGCCAGGCUUCCAGCCGCAGGUGCUGGUCCAGUGCCUGCCGCCCGCGUCGGUCACGGCGGUGGCGCUGCACACGGAGUGGAACCUGAUCGCCUUCGGGACGAGUCACGGGUUCGGCCUGUUCGACUACCACCGGCGAAACACGGUGCUGGCGAGGUGCACCCUGCAUCCUAACGACUCGCUGGCGAUGGAGGGUCCGCUGUCCAGGGUCAAGUCCUUAAAGAAAUCCCUUCGACAAAGCUUCAGACGCAUCCGUAAGAGCAGGGUGUCUGGAAAGAAACGAGCCAUCACCACCCCAACCAGCAAGGUUCAGGAGGCCAACGCGGCUUUGGCAGAGCAGGAGGAAGUGGCUCCUGUGCAGCGACGGAUCGAGCCUCGGUCAGCGGACGACUCAUUGUCAGGAGUGGUCAGAUGUCUCUGCUUCGCUGACACAUUUCUGCGUGACGGUACACACCAUGGCCCCACGCUUUGGGCCGGCACCAACUCGGGCAGUGUGUACGCCUACGCUCUGGAGGUCCCCGGCGUGGGAUCGGGCCGCGCGUGUGAGCGGGGUGGAGCGAACGAGGGCGGCACGUGCGUGGAGGCGGUGCUGGGUAAGGAGAUCCAGCUGAUGCACAGAGCGCCCGUGGUGUCCAUCAGCAUCCUGGACGGGCGAGGGAAACCGCUACCGGAUCCGUACGAAGCCUCACAGGACCUCGCCAUCGCUCCGGACAUGACCAACGCUCACUCUGUCCUCAUCGCCUCGGAGGAGCAGCUCAAGGUGUUCUCGCUCCCCAAAGUGAGCGCCAAGACCAAGUUCAAGUUGACAGCUCACGAAGGCUGCCGGGUGAGGAAAGUGGCCUUGGUUCUCUUCCUCUCUGCUGCUCAGGAAGACUACAGCGAACACACACUCGUCUGCCUCACCAACCUCGGAGACAUGCACCUCUUCACCAUACCUGCCCUCCGACCUCAGGUGCGAUACGACUGCAUCCGCAAGGAGGACAUCAGUGGCAUUGCGUCCUGUGUCUUCACCAAAAACGGGCAGGGGUUUUACCUGAUCUCCCCUUCAGAAUAUGAAAGGUUUUCCCUUUCUGCCAAGGUUCUAACAGAACCGCUCUGCUCUGUGCAGCUGGACCGACCACUAGAGCCCACAGCUACCAGCGAUGGUACUACAAUGCACCCGCAGGCCAACGGGACCCACAGAAACCAAACGGGUCAGGCUGAGGGGCGAACGGAGGCGUCUCCCUGCACCCUGUCUUCUCCCAUCCUGGAGACGCCGCUGGACUCCCCCCUCAGCUGCGCCGACCUCACCCUGGACACCACCGGGGAGAUCACCGUGGAGGACGUCAGGGACUUUCUAACGACCGUGGACGAGGCCGAGAACAACCUGAGGAACAUGAAGGAGGAGGAGGGACGCUCCGCUGGCAUCCUCAUCAACUGAGGAGAGCUUCCUGGAGCAACUCGAGUGGUUUCCUCUGGAUUUCAGUGCUGGACCACAAACAUCUGCCAUGGAGCCACCGAGGAUCUCUCCCUCUUUGCCCUUACUGACCUGGUACAAGCAGGGAAGGAAGUCUUGUAGAUUCCUCCUGCUGGAUGAACAAACUGCUUACCCAUAACCACUUUGGAAACGCGACAGUGCCCCGCUCCACACAUGCAGACACAGAAGGCCCAGCAUAGGCAGCAUCACGGACGGACACGUCCUCCUCCUCUGCGCUCUGAAUGCGACCCGGCUAACUCUGUGAGGUGUCUGCACGGUUGGAGCCGGACGCGGUGCUCCGUCGCUAAACGUGCCACUUAAUGGGAUGGAAUCGCAGUAAAACAGAAGGUUCGAGGUUUUAAGCGUGGUUAAAAAAAAAAAUUAAAACAAAAAAGGUAAAUGAAGUAUUUUUUUGUGGGGGGGAAGUUGUAGCAUCUCCAUUCUUCUGGAUUCCAACGAGAACUGCUGAUUUUUUUUUUUUCUUCUUUUUUUGGCUAUCCAGGAUGUGAGAAAGUUUAUGUUGGCAUUGAAGAAACGAGUACUGGAACAAUGUAGGUGUUUUAUACAGUUAAGAUUGUUGCUCUAUUGAAUGUUUUUACGCUUGUAUGAGAAAAGUCUAGAUAUUUUAAUAACAAAUAGUUUGGGGGGUAAAGAGGAAUAUCCCACACUGUGAUUUAAAAGGGAACCACCUGGAGAAAUUAUUGGGAACCAGCGCAAGAUGAUAUUUACCGUUUACGUAGCAAAUAAAGUUCGACUUUUGAUCAUCUGGUCAAGUUGAAAACUGGGAUUUAAAUAAAAUGCAUAGGAAUAAAAUUUGGAGAAAGAUGAGGGAAAUGUAAGUGGUUCAAUAAGUUCGUAAAGUGUAAAAUGGUGCAUUGUGGGUCAUUUAGCCAGUGAGCUUCCAUCUGCCAUGUUUUUAAACCCUUUUAAAGUUUUACAGACUCUCUGGGGGUCAACAAGGUCAGAGCCCUAAAAACAAACAAAAGGGCUUGGAGUACAACUUCACUAAUGUAGCUCAGCUGGUAGUCUCAUUGAAUCACCUUUGUGUUUUUUUGUUUUGUUUUUCUUUUUUGUGUGUGUCCUGAAUGGGACAUGUCAUUAACCCUUUCAUGCUACAUGCAGCACAGUUUAGCAUUUUAAUCCCGCCAAGGAGAAGAGUUGUUCAGUUCCAUUUGUAGGAAUUAAUGAAGCUGUUUAGCAUUUUGGUUGAUGAACAAUUGUGAAUGUUAAUAAAAUGUAUUUACUCUGAAA